GUCAUUAAUUAUGCGACCUUAAGAGUAAACCGACGUGAUGACUGUGAGCUACGGUAGUGUCAUAGCAACUGUUAAGUACGGGUCGUUUUUUCGUCUUCUGUUUCGUUGGCGUGGAAGUCUUUAUAAGUUAGUAUGGCCAGGACUUCUGGUUUACUGUCUUUGUUACGCCUUGGUAGCUAUCGCAUAUAACGCAAUUCCAGACAGACCGGAAUAUUACAAUGCGAAGUUGAUGUUUGUUAGAAUAUGUUACUACGCUGGACGAGUAGCAAAUGCUGUUCCAUUAUCUUUCGUCCUUGCAUUUUAUGUGAAUUUGGUAGUGGACCGGUGGUGGCAGCAGUUCCUCGCAUUGCCAACUCCAGAUGCUGUAUGCCUGCUUGUUUCAGCAUAUAUAGGUGAAAGCUCGGAUUCGAGAGAGCAGAAAUUUUCAGCAACUGAUAUCGAAAAACCACUGGUUUAUAGGAGGACAAUUACUCGUUAUAUUAAUUUGGCUUCUGCUCUGUGUUUUCGCUCAAUAUCUGUUGGUAUGAAACAGAGAUUCCCAACACUGGAUAGCAUGGUUGCGGGCGGUUUAAUGACUGAGCAAGAGAUGGAAAUCUAUUCUAAAUUAGAUGAUUCAACAAACUGCUUCUUUGUCCCACUCGUUUGGGCCAUAUCCCUAAUUUCGAAAGCACGUGAAGAAAGGAUGAUAAUUGAUGAUCGACAUGUAGAUGCAAUGGUAACUCAAGUGGUCAAUUUCUGGGAAAAGCUAUAUACAUUGUGUAUGUACGAUUGGGUUAACGUACCUUUGGUUUACAAUCAAGUUGUAGCUCUAGCUGUGUACAUUUACUUCGGUGUUACAAUCUUCGCUCAUCAAUUUAUCGAUGUUUCUGUAAUCAUAAAAGCUGCCAACUUAAAAAUAAAUACAUCAAGUAUAACAACACCCAACAGUAGUAUUGUCGGGAAUCCAAUCAAUGUUUUCAGUAAUCUGUCUGCUCUGUUACCACCAUCAUCUGACAACAGUACUAAUAGUAUGCCAUUCCUUCAGGUGUAUCCAAAUUUUCCGCUAUUCACAAUUCUUUCAUUCAUUUUCUACAAUGGUUGGCUUAAAGUGGCUGAAUCACUUGUCUCACCUUUCGGUGAUGAUGAUGAUGAUUUUGAAGCUGUUCCUUUAUUGGAGAGAAAUUUGAAUGCCAGUUUAUAUUUUGUAGAUGCCAGUAUUUCAAAUCCUGAUUUAAUUCCUCAUUUAGUAAAAACUGUCUGUAGAAUUGAUGUUGAUGAUUAUGAUAAUGACGGUUAUUCUAGUACAGGUAAUGAUGGUGAUGGUUAUAGCCGAUCGACUACACCAGCAGGUCGCCGAACAAUGCAAAGUUUUCGAUCAAGAGCUGAUAGUCAAAGGAGUAGUGUUAUGUCACCUGGCUAUCCUGAUCCUAGAUAUUUCCCACCUUCACCAGCAACUUUAAGAUCAAUUAUGGAUAAUGAUAUUCCUUAUUUGCCACCUAGUCGUCAACGUAAACAGUCACAUACAGCCUUUAAAGGAUCUCUCGCUGUACUGGCAAAUCCAAAAGAAAGUGAUUCAAUGAAUUUACAAAUCAACUCUCCCUACCUUGAUACUGAUCAGGGCGGUGAACAUCUAAGUCCGGAUACCUUAAUUGCUUCAAUGGAAUCGUCUAUUCACCGAUUAGGAUCUAGGCUGAAGAAAUUCUCACACGUUCUACCAGGUCCUUCAUCAGUGCAUGGAGUAGUCCGUCGCACUCCAAGAUCUGCAAAUCUACCGAGGACAGAAAGUUUUGCAUCUUUUCAAAGUGAUACUAUACCUGAAUAGUUUGUUUGUUAUUAACAGAGAUACCUUCCUGCGCCUUAUUUCUGUUUGUUACUUCUCCAAGCAUUUGUUCAAGAUAUACUUUAUUGUAUUGUUCAUCUGAAGAGAAAACCAACCAAACAAACAAACAGUAUACCAUUUGCUUAACGUGUGGCUGUGUUGCUCUUUCUGUAAAUUCAGAGCUUUGAUGCGAUUGAACAGGUUAACUGUGUUUUUUUGUUUGUUUGUUCACCUGUUUUGAAUUCUUGUACAUUCUAACUUAAAUUCUCCUUUCAUUCAACCACUACUGAUAAUGCUUAAUCUAUUUUCAGAUCUUGUGUACUGAUUUUUAUCUUACUAUAUAUUCAAGAAAACAGUUUCUAAUUUCUUAAAUAGCGUAGUUACUUGCUGUUUCUUUUUCUUUCUUCAUGUUAACCAGAUUUUCCGCACACGGAUUUUGUGUUGAGAAGCCAGAUUUUCUAUUGUCAUUGAAUGUGUUGCUUCAAAGAAAUAUUUCACUAAUCGGGAGGAUUAGUUGUCGAUUACAUCGUAGGAUACCAGAUAUUCAUUAGACGAC